CGUCAGAUCACCACAACUGAAGCACACUGAUGCGCACCACCAGAAUAUGAUCCGCGUCUCUGAGACUUUAACGCAUCGGUCCUGUCUAAGUGUGCAGACUUAGAUCUGAUCUGCCGCCCUUUACGCACGAGAGCCCGUGCGCAAUGAAGCUCCGUCUAGCGCGCUCCUCUCCGCACACCUGAGAGAGCGCGCGGGAUUUUACGCAUGAACAUCACAGCUCGUUUCCAAACCCAAGCAUGGGCAAAGCGUCGAACCAAACCACGGCGAACAACGACACCGACCCGUUCGGCAGGAACGAAGACGUGGCCAAAAUGGAGAUCACGGUUUUAAGCGUCACCUUCCUCGUGGCGGUGAUCGGAAACCUGUGCGUGCUGCUGGCCAUGCACAACACCAAGAAGAAGAGCUCCCGCAUGCACCUGUUCAUCAAGCACCUGAGCCUCGCGGACCUGGUGGUGGCUUUCUUCCAGGUUCUCCCACAGCUCUGCUGGGAGAUCACCUUCAGGUUUUACGGACCCGACUUUCUUUGCCGGAUUGUCAAGCAUCUCCAAGUCCUUGGCAUGUUCGCGUCUACCUAUAUGAUGGUGAUGAUGACACUGGACCGCUACAUCGCCAUAUGCCACCCCCUGAAGACCCUCCAGCAGCCCACAAAGCGCGCCUACAUCAUGAUCGGGUCCACCUGGCUGUGCAGCCUGUUGCUCAGCACCCCUCAAUACUUCAUCUUCUCUCUGAGCGAGAUCCAGAACGGCUCGGACGUGUAUGACUGCUGGGGCCACUUCAUCGAGCCGUGGGGCAUCCGAGCGUACAUCACCUGGAUCACCGUGGGCAUCUUCCUCAUCCCGGUCAUCAUCCUCAUGAUCUGCUACGGGUUCAUAUGCCACAGCAUCUGGAAGAACUUCAAGUGCAAGACCAAGAGAGGCGCUCCGCACAGCACCAAGAACGGGCUGAUCGGAAAGGCGUCGGUCAGCAGCGUCACCAUCAUCUCGAGAGCCAAGCUAAGGACCGUUAAGAUGACUUUCGUGAUUGUUCUGGCGUACAUCGUCUGCUGGGCUCCGUUCUUCAUCGUGCAGAUGUGGUCAGUCUGGGAUGAAAACUUCUCCUGGGAUGAUUCUGAAAAUGCAGCGGUGACCCUCUCUGCCCUUCUGGCGAGUCUCAACAGCUGCUGCAACCCAUGGAUCUACAUGCUGUUCAGCGGACACCUCCUCUAUGACUUCUUAGCCUGUUUCCCCUGCUGGAACAAACCCCAAAACACGUUACACAAAGAGGAUUCGGACAGCAGCAUCCGGAGGAACACCCUCCUGACCAAGCUGGCUGCUGUCCGGACCAAAGAUGGGUUCGACUCUUGGAAAGACCCAUGCAACUCCCGAAAGUCCAGUCAGUCUUUAGGGCUAGAUUAUUCCAACAAAUCCAGUCAGUGUUUGCAACUCGACUGUUCGCGCAAAUCAAGCCACAGUAUUCCAGUGGAGUCCUAGGAGCCAUGGAAAUAAAUGUAGAAAUAUCUAAUCUGUUUCACUGUACAUAACGAGGAUUUAUUAACACAAAAGAAGUCUGCAAAUUUUUUGGUUAUAAAAGGUUCAAAAAGGAGAUUCUGGUUGUGUCAUAAUCUAUAUGAAUCUGUUUUGAUUACCUAAAAAUAUGUAAAUUUGCGCAAAUGAUGCAUUUAUUUUACAGCACAUUAAGUUGUGUUGCACUUUUCUUUACCACUAAAGUCUGUGACUUCAGGUUUGUGUUUUAUGUGUUUAAUAUUGAGAAGAACUUCAGCUUUAUUUCUUAGGCUGACGUGCGUCUUAUUUGUUUACACCUAUAACAUUAAGGGUUUUUUUUUUUUGCUAGGUGGAAAAAAAGUAGUAUAUUGCGAGUCUGUAUAUGUGUCAGUGUUAUGAAUGACUAAACAAUAUUUGGGUGUAUAACUCCAUCUUGAAUCGUUUGUGCCAAACUUUAACUGAGCAAAAGCGCUCAAAAACAGCUUGCCUGAUGUUUGUUGAAAUGUUUUAAGAAAUUACGUGUAUGAAAACUUGUGUAUAUAUAUAUAUAUAUAUAUAAAAAAAAACAUCUCAACAAGAGACAAUAAAACAUGCCAGUUACAAACAA